AUGAGGGUAGAAUGUCCUGUUUACCUCCAGUUACAGGCUCUGCAGUCUGUGAUGAAACACGAGUGUGUCGGGGGAAAGUCUGACGGCUCACUUAGAAGCAAAUAUUCUGUCAAACCUGACACGCAGAGGAAUCCGAGCGCCAACAAGAACAUCAAGAAGCAGUGGGUGAUGGACAAUGAGGACAAGCAGGUGGGUGAACCCAGUGGUUGGGCUCCUUCUACACUGGGAGGACCGACUGAGGAGCCCAGGAAGACGUGGGUCCCCAGGACACCUGCUGCCGCUCAAAUACAACCAACGGAGGGGUCUCAAGUGAAUGCACCUUCUUCUGGAGAGGCUCAAAAGACAUCAGCUCCUCAGAAGAAGAUCGAGGAGCCACCGGUUACCUCUGCAAUCAAGACGAAGCAGGUGGUGACCAAGAAGAUCACGAGAGAGGCUCUGCCAUCGGCCGAGGAGAUCGACAGGCUGUUGGCGAAGAAAAGAUCGCCCACGCUCCGCAGGAGGUGUUCCAACAUGGUGUCGUCACUGACCAAAAGCUGGAAGAAGGUGGAGAAAGAGCAGAAGUUCGGGGAAAAAGGAGCAAGAGCAGCAAAGUCACAGACGGGUGGUUUAGAUAAAGAGGAGUGUGGAUAUCGUGAGAAAGAAGAUGAUGCUCAAACACACACGGGAAACACUUUGAAAGAAUCAGAGGAAAAAGACGGUGAAGGAGACUUUGAGACAUGGGUGAAGAUUAAAAGACCUUCAGUUCCAAAAUACAAAAACGAAGCUGAAGAUGCCAACAAGAUCAAUGCUCUCUCCAAGAAAUACAGCGCCGUGGGAAUCCUGAAGAGCCGCUGGCAGAGCUGGGCCUCGGAUCACACGGUGACCCAGAGACUAAACCCCUUCAGCGAGAACUUUGACCACGACUACUCCAUGUCCCUCCGCCUCCAGAAGGGCGAGGAGGGCUACGGACGCCCCAAGGAGGGAACCAAAACAGCGGAGCGCGCCAAACGAGCCGAGCAGCACAUCCACCGCGAGAUCGCUGACAUGUGCUUCGUGAUCCGGACAAUGGCCGACCCGGACCCGGACGGGAAGACCCGCAUCACGUUCGGGGAGCUGUUCGACAGAUACGUGCGGAUCUCCGACAAGGUGGUGGGGAUCCUGAUGAGAGCCAGGAAGCACGGGAAGGUGGCGUUCGACGGGGAGAUGCUGUGGCAAGGCCAGGAUGAUGGGGUGAUCAUUACGCUGCUGGUGUGAUGCUAACUACCAUUUACAGUUGUUAUCAGACGUGGGCUAAGAGGAGGAUUGAGAACACAGUUUGGCCUGGUUCUGCUCACUGGACUCCUGCAGAGCAAUGUCACAGGGAUACAGACGAGUCAAAGCUUGGGGAGUCAUUUUGAGGUUUUGAUUCACGAGCUCUGGAAGAGAUGAAGUCCUGGAUUCUUGGCCUCUCGUGUGUCUCUCCUGCAUUUGCUCUACGCCUCAUGUUGAUGAGAUAUUUAAGUACGUGUUAAUACGCCAAACAACCGGCGGCUCUGCAGUAAUUCAGACACGGAUUUGGUUUCAUCGCCUGAAUUCCUGCAGCUCAGCACUCAUUAGACUGUAGCAGGCACAAUGCAGGGGAACAGAGCCGAGCACAGCACUUUUAAAUCUCACGGCCUGUUAGACUGAGGCUGUUAUAAUUAAUGCAAAGGCAGACUAGGACUCUCUUGAGGUAUAACCCCCCCCCCCCGUUAUUGAUUUAUCAGGUUUUGUCAAAUCCCACACAGAACACAAACACAAAGAAAUACAGGCACCUGGUUAUGUACUGUAGAGUCAAAGCUCAACUACUGAACCACAUGGUGAAAGUUUUUAAUCUACCUUUAUUUAAGUAUUCAGUUAAAAGUAAAAGUAGUGUAGUGUACAGUAUUCAGUGAAAGGUAUUUUUAGUUUUUGGGCCACUAGGGGGCAACAAUAAGAAGCUGUGAGCACGUCUCAUUAUCCUUUAAGUUGAUGAGUGGGUUUCUUGUUUUUCAAACUAUUCAACACAAGUUGGUGCCACUGACUUUCCAUCAACGUCUCUGUGUUGCAGGCUCAAUACACUUUGUUUAAGUUAAAGCAAGAAUAUUUGGACUUUUUCUGUAUAAUUUGGAUUUGAACUUAUUAUAUUUUGCCUCUACAUUUGCACAUUAAGUGUCCUCCUGUAAAACAUUUGAUAAAAACCCAUUAAGACCUUUAAAAAAUAGAGGAGAUCAGGAAGAAGACAGAAAAACACUCUGUGACACGUACGUGUUACCAAUGCAACAAAUAGAGACUUCCUCAUACUGCACAUUAUCUCUUCAUCAAUGAAUAAUGAUGCUUGAUGCAUGAAGCAGCCGUCUGGGACAGAUUCUGAUUCCUUCUUGCAGUAACUGCACCACCUGCCCUAGUGAGACACUGCAGCCUGAAGGGACCUGCAGCUUCUCCCCUGCAUCUGCUUCCAUUUUGACUUACGAGUGCAGCGGUUGUAAACCCGCCUGGUUGGACUGAUUUACUCGGCCUGUGUUAACGCUCUGCAGUCUACUUCAGAAUAAUACUGCCCUGUCAUCAGUGAAUCCUCCUCAAAUGGUUGUAUAUCAAACUGUCUCUUUUUUUAAUGUUUCUGUGCUGAGCGUUUUGCGCAGAGUGUUUUAUAAAGUGCCUAUGGUGCAGAGUGAAAACUUUGCAUUUAUCCUACCUGGUUUAUCUGCAAUGAAAAUGAAUUGAAAUUAA